AUGAUACAACUAAAUGGCACUGAAGUGACUGAAUUCUUUCUUCUGGGAUUUAGUGGCCAGCACAAGUUUCGGUAUGUCCUCUUCAUUGUGUUUCUAGUGAUCUAUGUGACCACCAUGGUGAGCAAUAUUGGAAUGAUCCUACUCAUCAAGACAAAUUCUAGACUUCAAACACCCAUGUACUUUUUCCUACAGCAUUUGGCUUUUGUUGAUAUUUGUUACACCUCUGCCAUUACUCCCAAAAUGAUGCAAAACUUCAUAGUGCAAAAUAAGUCCAUAUCAUUCAUAGGAUGUGUAAUACAGUUGCUAGUUUAUGCAACAUUUGCAACCAGUGACUGUUACCUCCUGGCUGCUAUGGCAGUGGACCGUUAUGUAGCCAUCUGUAAACCACUUCAGUAUCCCAUAGUCAUGGCCCGAACAGUCUGCAUCCAAUUGGUUGUUGGCUCAUAUGUGAUGGGUUCACUAAAUGCCUCCGUACACACAGGAUUUACAUUUUCACUGUCUUUCUGCAAGUCCAACGUCAUCAAUCACUUUUUCUGUGAUGUUCCCCCAAUUCUCUCCCUUUCUUGCUCCAAUAUCAACAUCAACAUCAUGCUACUUCUUGUCUUUGUGGGAUAUAACUUAACAUUCACUAUAAUGGUCGUCAUCUUCUCCUAUGUAUAUAUCAUUGGUGCCAUCCUAAAGAUGUCUUCUGCUGCCGGGAGAAAGAAAGCCUUCUCCACGUGUGCCUCGCAUCUAACAGCAGUGACCAUUUUCUAUGGGACCGUCUGCUACAUGUACUUACAGCCUCACUCUAAUAAUUCUGAAGAAAAUAUGAAAGUGGCUUCCACGUUUUACGGUAUUGUAAUCCCCAUGUUGAACCCUCUGAUUUACAGUUUGAGAAACAAGGAGGUAAAAGAAGCUCUAAAAAUAGUGGUAAAGAAGUUCUAG